GAGCUGAACCUCUUGGCAUUUUCUUGCUUUUAUUUCCUGCUUUGGGUACACCCUAUAGCAUAGGGUUUGAUGUCGGCCUUUGUUUUGCAUUGAGGUUGCAAAACAUUAAGAGAUGAAUUGAUACAUUAAAAACCCCAUGUAUUGAAUAGUGUUCAUCAUAAUAGCUACUUAUAUCUCUUUCAAGGCUUGCUGUUUUUCUUACCGAAGCUUUUAUUGGUGAUAAUACGGUGUUAUCGAAACGCGGCCUUGCACGUCUGACGGACAUAAACGACCUACGGUAUCAACUCGUCUGUGUGUGUUUUUUUACAAACCCAGUAUUCCUGAACACAUCACAGAGGGACAAUGAGUGAGCUGGAACAGUUACGGCAGGAAGCAGAGCAACUACGCAAUCAAAUCCGGGAUGCUAGGAAAGCCUGUAGUGACUCCACUCUUUCACAGAUCACAGCUGGUCUGGACUCAGUGGGCCGGAUACAGAUGAGGACGCGGCGUACUCUCAGGGGCCACCUCGCCAAGAUCUAUGCAAUGCACUGGGGCACCGACUCCAGGUUACUUGUAAGCGCCUCCCAAGAUGGUAAAUUAAUCAUUUGGGACAGUUACACAACUAACAAGAUGCAUGCCAUCCCGCUGCGCUCCUCCUGGGUGAUGACCUGUGCCUACGCGCCCUCUGGGAACUACGUGGCGUGCGGAGGCCUGGACAACAUCUGUUCUAUCUACAGCCUGAAGACCCGUGAGGGAAAUGUGCGUGUCACCCGCGAGCUACCCGGACACACAGGCUAUUUGUCUUGCUGUCGUUUCCUGGAUGACAACCAGAUUGUCACUAGUUCCGGGGACACAACCUGUGCUUUAUGGGACAUCGAGACGGGUCAGAUGGCCACUAGCUUUACGGGCCACACUGGGGACGUGAUGAGCCUGUCCCUCAGUCCAGAUUUCAAGACCUUUGUGUCGGGGGCCUGUGACGCCUCCUCCAAGCUGUGGGAUGUCCGGGACGGCAUGUGCAGGCAGUCCUUCACUGGCCACGUGUCCGACAUUAACGCUGUCUGCUUCUUCCCCAACGGCAACGCCUUCACCACGGGCUCGGACGACGCCACCUGCCGCCUGUUCGACCUGCGCGCCGACCAAGAGCUGAUGAUGUACUCGCACGACAACAUCAUCUGCGGCAUCACCUCAGUGGCCUUCUCCAAGAGUGGCCGUCUGCUGCUGGCCGGCUACGACGACUUCAACUGCAACGUGUGGGACACCCUCAAGGCCGAGCGUGCAGGUGUCCUGGCCGGUCACGACAACAGGGUGAGCUGUUUAGGCGUGACAGACGACGGCAUGGCUGUAGCCACGGGCUCAUGGGACAGUUUCCUCAGAAUCUGGAAUUAAACCCUCCAGCUCACGUCCCCCCCCCCCCACCCCCACCAUCCCACCCACCCAUACUACUGGGCUGGACUUGAGGGUGAACACUGUCUCCCACCACCACCUCCCACCUUCCACCCGUCCAAUCCACAGCCGGCACCGCUGGGAGAAAGUAAUAACUCUUUCUACCUUUUCCAGGUGACAUUUUUUUUUGCCCACCAAUUAAAACCACAGAGCUCUCAGUACCCACCGUUAGAAUGGCCAAUCAAAAAACACAAAAAUUCCGAAACGAGAUGAAGAAAAAAAAAAGCGAGAAAAAAACCCAAACCCUCGCAUCCCCUCUUGUUUUUGGACAGGGGGGGCACUAGAGCGCAUGUUACCGUGGUUACCGCCAAAUUAGAGGACAGUCCGUGUGUAAUAUGUAUAUAUAAAUACAGUAUAUAUGCAUAGCAUUAUGUGUGUGUAUAUAUAUGCAUAUAUAAUGUGUAUGUAUAUAUUUUUGUAGUUUUUAUCCCACCCUUUUUUGUUUAAUUUGCCUUAAAUUGUUUAAUGUAUAUAAUAUUCACAGUACUAGACGAUAACACAAUUCUGAUUUUGUCACUUGCCUCAUGUACAACAUAAUGGACAUUUCUGUGUGUGUGUGCACGUGUGAUGGUCUACCCGGCAAAGGCAUGCACACAUGUACUGUAACUAAAAUACUGUAUAUUCAUGUUGAUGAUAGGUAACGAUAUGAGUUAUGAACUGGUGGCAUUCCUCUCAACAAACAUGUUGUUUUUUUGGAACACAACUGUUGUGGUCGUUUUGUAGAGACGGACUAAUAAGGUUAGUUUUUUUUUAGUCAUGCCGCAGUUUUAGCCAAAUCCCUUUUUCUAGAAACUAGUUCAACUGGGCUGUGAUACACAGCCACUGUAGUUAUUGGAGGCACAGUCUCUCUGCAGUCAGCGUGAAACUACAGCCUCGAGCCCUUACAAACGGGGUCUUGGGCUAAGUUCAAAACCGCGAUUGUAUGGCAAAUAGUAUUACAUCACGCCUUGCAAAUCAACAAUAGUGUGAUAUGUAAUACAUAUGUUGCGAUCAAUUACUAAUAGAGGCUUUACUGCAUAUACCCCAAAGGCCAAAGCCUUUACAUUUAACCAUUUAUUUAACUAGGCAAGUCAGUUAAGAACAAUUUCUUAUUUACAAUGGCGGCCUCCAUCUGACCACUGAGGAUAGGGAAAUCUAGGGCCCAAUGGUAUCAAACGUAGGGCUCCAAACUGACAGGGGAGGGUUCCAAGGAAUGUGAUCAUGGGGCUACUGUGAGCUAGCUCAGGCCUAUAUCAUAGGACUAAAGAAGUACAGAGAAUUGGAAAUGCUUGCAGUCUAUACAGUCUCUACCAGAGGCUGGUCAGUCGACGCAUUAAGAUGUGAAAAAAAUGACUGCUCAAUGAGCUGUGAGUAAAUCCUGUCAUUCCUUCCCUGAGUGGACUCGAGGGAAGAUGCCUUUAAUAGCUUCUUGCUAUGUCAUCUUCAAUUUUAUUUUAGAAAUUCUUGAUAAAUCAUCAACAGGGUGGUUUAGUUGAGUGAGUAACGUUAACGCUGUUGGUUUAAAAAAUCUUGUCACUAAAAAUCACCAGUGCCACCAUAAGCCUGUAAUGUUAUUAUAAAAAAAAUGUUGGUCCUUAUUUAACACUUUUUUUUUUUUCCCCUCACCAAAACAAAUGUUAUCAACAGUUUUAAGUAUUGCUGGAGAAGAAAGUUAACUUGGUAGAGGGCUAGAUUAUGCCCCUCAAAUGUAAGCAAAGAACACAUGCAACAUACUUCCCAACAGCAGGGAGGAGGUACAGGUAACUGCCAAAAGGAUGUAAAUGAGGGAUACAAAGUGUAUUGAAAGCAGGUGCUUCCACACAGGUGUGGAUCCUGAGUUAAGAAAUUAACAU